UAUUUGCACUAACUUUUUUUUUUUUUUACACGCCCCUCUCACUCUGACGCGCGGUGGGAUAGACUCUGCGCGCUUUAGUUCAAUCGGGACUACACCGACCCAGACUUAGAUGACUUGGCCUCUGACGCCCAACGAUGCGUACCGAGCCACAAAAGUUUGAAAAGUUAUCUUUACGCGUGGGGCUCGCGGUGGGGGGACGCGGGAGUGACAGCAGCUGCGCGCCCGUGGAUCAGGCUACAAGUGUUGGUUUCUCUGCAUCCCUGUGGAAAGUCAUUUGAAGAGUCAGGAGGAGACAUGAACAGCCUCACCGCAGCGCCAGAGGAGAUCCAUUAGUCUGUCACUGUUGGAUUUACCAGAGCUCAGAGGACUUACAGCUGGAAUCUGUAUAGUUCUUUGUAAUUCUGUCAGCUUUGCCCUCGGUAGCAUUAUUAAGUGUUUUCGACAAUUCUUGGAUGAUAACCAACACUGCAAAGUCCUGUUUGGAGACGUUGGAUCUGAAUUACGCACGGGAUUUCUCUAACAAAUGACAGCUUCUAAGCGGGUUGUUGCUCUCCUACAUCAUCCCCUCAGCUCCCUUCAUCGCACCGAUCAACCGUAUCACCCCCUUCACCGCCAGGUUCGACGCGGGGAGUGAAAACCGUCUCUUUCCAGUGCGCCAGCGUGCGAAUCGCGGGGGCCAACUGGCCGAGGAUGUGGGGAGGAGGAUUCCCGAUGUCCGUCACCGUGAUUUUGACUCUGCUCCUGGUCAUCAUCGACGUGAAAGCCAGCGGGGAGUACUGCCACGGCUGGCACGACUCCCAGGGCGCGUGGAAAGAAGGGUUCCAGUGUCCGGAGAAGAUCGACGGGGAGGACGCGAUCAUCUGCUGCGGGAAAUGCGAGCUGCGCUACUGCUGCUCCAGCACCGACGCGCGGCUGGAUCAGGGGAGCUGCGAUAACGACCGGCAGGCUCAGGAGCCCGGGACAGAGAGCAAGGAGAACAAGGACUCCAGUGCAGUGCCCAUCUAUGUGCCGUUCCUGAUCGUGGGCUCUGUGUUUGUAGCUUUCAUCCUGGUGGGAUCUGUGGUUGCUGUGUGUUGCUGCCGCUGUCUCCGCCCCAAACAGGAACUGUCGUCAGGAGGAGCAACAGGAGGCGGCGCCGGCAGCGGGCGCCUGUUGGAAACCAUCCCUAUGAUGGCGAGCACUUCCAGAGGCUCAUCAUCCCGCCAGUCCAGCACAGCCACCUCAUCCAGCUCCUCUGCCCCACCUGCCGCUCCCCGUCCUGCUCCCCCUCCUCUCAUGCGGGCUCAGGCCUCUUGCUGCCUGCCGCCCGAUGCCAGCGUCUUCGUCAACAUGCCCACCAAUUUCUCCGUACUCAACUGCCAGCAGGCCACCCAGAUCAUGCCUCACCAGGGACAGUUCCUGCACCCACAGUACAUCGGCUACGCUCACCCUGUGUCCACCUCCCCGGCCUUCCUGGACCCCACCCAGGGAGGAUACAGACCCCUCCAGUCCCCCUGCCCUCCUCCCACCGGAGGGUCCAGUGUCACCAGUGACCAGAAAUACCCUCCAGUGACAGUGUGAUGAGGGGCCAACAUGCACACCACUCUGCCACUUUGUUGUGAAGACUAACUUGUGAAGUUUAACCUGUGAGGGCUGCGCCAGAGACCUUUUGGGGACGCUGCCAGAGUGGAAAAAGAGAGGCAGGGAGUCAAACUCACAUGAAGGACUCAUAAAGCCAUUGCUGGCAGCAGGGCCUGCCCUGCCAUUGUGUGUGUUGUGUGUCUGUUUAGUGUGUCAUACGAUCUCUUGCCAAACUGGAAUGAGCUAAGCUCAGUCUAUGAUGGGGUAAGAUGGAUGCAUAAACAAUUUUCUGUCUUGAUGCAAAGAUUAAACUGCAUAUUGGAGAUUUACACAGCCCAGAUGGGUGAUAAUGCACAGCUAACUGUGGCCUGCAGCUCAAAUAAAGACUGUGCACAUGUU